CGACGGGAUGGAGAGCGUGAUCUGGUGCGUCGUGCAGAAGAUCGAGAGCGUUCGCGUCUAUCACGAGGUGAAAACGACUUCACAGGAGAACGAGAGCGAGUGCGCGAUCCCGAUCUUGACAGCGUUCGCGACAUUGACCUCUCGCGCUGGAACGAAAAAGGCCAAUUUUGUUGACAACUUUUUUUGCCAUACAACCACGAAACCAACUUCACCCUAGAC